AUGGUGUUUUUGGAGUUGCUGGGAGGUCCCUCUGUGACAGUCCUGUUGAUGGUGCUGGAUACACUCACAGUCUGGAGCAGGGACAUUCCAGAGAAUUACCUACAUCAAGUGAGGUCUGAGUGUCAUAUGACCAAUGGAACCCAGCGGGUACACUUCGUGGGAAGACUCAUCUAUGACCGGGAAGAGUUUGUGCGCUUUGACAGUGAUGUGGGUCUAUUUGAGGCAAGAACGGAACUGUGGAAAUCCCAGGUCCAGAAAUGGAACAGUCAAAAGGAAAUAGUUGAACGAGCACGGUCCAUAGUGAAUGUGUGCAGACACAACUACCAAUUCUAUAAUAAAACUAUAGUGCAGAGAAAAGUCAAGCCCCGAGUGAAAGUUUUCCCAGCAAAAACACAACCACUCGAGCACCACAACUUGCUCCUCUGUUCUGUGACCAGUUUCUAUCCUGGUGAGAUAAAGGUCAGCUGGUUCAGAAAUGCAAAAGAAGAGAAAUCUGGAGUCCUGUCUACAGGCCAAAUCCGGAAUGGUAACUGGACCUUCCAGACCCUUGUAAUGCUGGAAAUGACCCCCCAAAGGGGAGAUGUCUUUACUUGCCGUGUGGACCAUGUCAGCUUGCAGAGCCCUGUCUUCGUGGAUUGGAGUAAGCGUUGA